AUCCUCGCUAAAGUCGCGAGUCUGUCGCGUGGCCGGAGCGUGUCGCGAAUAGCUAGCCUAGCUCUUUUUCUACUUACUUACAUUCUCACAUUCUUUUUCCCAAACUCUGCUCAUUUCAGCUACCGCAAAACACCGCACCUUUCUUUCUUUUCCAUCCAUCCACAGCUGAGUUUGUUGUUGUUGUUGAGGUCAAGUCAUUAACACCGCUAAAGAUGAGAAACGUCCAUCAAACGGGGCUGUCAAUUGCAGUACUUGUGCUGCUGCCGUUGCUUUCGAUGCUGUUUGGGUCAUCUCUAGCGGCCUCUAGCGGUGGGGGUCAAGGCUUUCAGCACCUGGCCAUUCCACGGACCUACAACUUAGAAACCGAAGAAGAUCGCUAUGGGCGCUACGAACGAGUGCUGAUCGGUUUGAAGUCAUCCGAAGGACUCGAUGUGGACCGGCGGGUCUUGGACAAGAUACGACAGGUCAUCUUCGAGGAAGAAAUGGCAGCCGAGUCGUUGAACGAUGGCGAACGGCUGGUGGCGGUGCACCUUGGAAGGCCAAAGCAGUCCCGGGAAAUUGCGCAACUUCAAUAUAAAAAUAGGAUAAGAAAUUGAAAUUUAGUUGAUGGCGGGAAGGUUUCUUUUAAACGAA